AUGGAUUCUGCAGCUACCACCGUCAGCAGUCCAGCUCGCACAGCUGUAAGCGAGCAUCGCGAUGGUGGAGACACUAUCCAUUGCGAAAAUCUAAAGUGGCAUCCGCUGGCAUCAAAAGUCUGGAUCAAGCUCGUCAAGCUUUCACCCGAAACAGGCACCUACACCGUCAUUAUCCGAGCAGAAAAGGGGGGAGUUCUUCCACGUCACCGACAUAUCGAGAGCGCCGAGAUCUACGUCUUGCGCGGUGACGGUAAUCAUCCGCAAACCGGCCACUUUGCUCAAGGAGACUUCGUAUCCGAAAGAAAAGGCGCGAUCCACGACCCCCUUGUUUUCGAAGAGGAGGUAGAAAUGCUCAUGAUGAGUAAUGGACCAUCUGCAUUUAUUGAUGAUGAGGGUCGCGACUUGUUUCUGAUGGAUGUACCUAUGCUCCAACGCUUGGCAGAGACGGAAGCAUAG